CCUCGAUCAGGGCACCUCGUCUGGUAUAUUUCAUGCUCGAUGCGUUGCUGGGUAUCAGGUCGAGAAUGUCGUGGUACUGGGAAGAGGGUCUCCUAAUGGAGCGCUAUACUCUCCUUCGAGAUCUCCUGGAACCCGUCGAAACGCUCGUGCUCCGCAAUAUGUUCAGCUACAGCGCAGACACACUGUACGGAAUAUUGUUGCUGCCUCGCAGGCUGCGUGCCUUUUACUUCGUCGGAGGACAACAUGAGUAUUAUCUCCAGUUGGUGGUGUUCUACAACCGAAUUGCACCAUUUGCGGGGGAUAGAGAGGAGUGGGAGCAAGAUCGGGAGCUACUGCAAGAGAUAUGGCGGUCUCGUACCGCUCUACGCAACUGUGCGACUCCGUCUCACCUCCGGAUCCUGGUUCCAAUGGCCUGGACAGACUUCAAAGAAGUCCUCGAGGUUCCGGCAACUCUGAUCGGGUAUGAUGGCAAGGACGAAGAGCGGCGUAGGGACUGGAAUGUUUUGCAAUGGAUCUUCGCUUUCGACUGA